AGAGAGAUGAAGGUGCAUGGUGUGUUCUUGGUGGCUGUUUUUUUCUACCUUGCAUAUACGCAGCUGAUCAGUGGGCAACCUCUCAAGGAUUGCCAAACUAGUUGUGGCAACGUCACAGUUGAGUACCCUUUUGGCACUUCUCCAGGUUGUUACUAUGCCGACGAUCCUAGUUUCAAACUCACCUGUAGCGACAAAGAGAAGCUAUUCUUUCGACGUAACCUUGAAGUCAUCAACAUUUCUCACAGUGGGGAACUACGCGGCUGGAAUAAUAUUUCCUACACUUGCUACAAUAGCCAAGGAAAUGUGAGUACUUACCGUCACAAAAGUUACAGGCUGGGUAAUUUAUCUCUCUCCGGCAAGAACAAGUUUAAUGUAGUAGGCUGUAACGCUUUAGCACUUCUGAGCACUUUUGGAACGCAAAACUACUCAACUGGAUGCUUGUCAGCAUGUGACUCUCCACCGGCGGUAAAUGGAGACUGUAAUGGUGCAGGUUGCUGCAGGACAGAUGUCUCUGACCCGUUGGGUAGCUACCUUUUCCUAACUCGCCCAUCUCGUUUGGAUAACAUGACUUCUGUGUUUGACUUUAAUCCUUGCACAUAUGCCUUUCUCGCUGAAAGUGAUACUUUCCACUUUGAUGCUUUGGGAGAUCUAAGGAAUCUACGGAAUGUCAGCCAGUUCCCUCUGGUACUGGAUUGGUCUAUUGGAAACCAGACAUGCGAGCAAGUUGGAAACAAAAGCAUAUGCAGUAUGUCUAACAGCCUAUGCUUCAAUUCUACUCGUGGAACCGGGUAUAACUGCAAAUGUUUAGAAGGUUUUGAAGGGAAUCCUUACCUUUCAAAUGAACACGGCUGCCGAGACAUCAAUGAGUGUACUAGUACUAUCCAUAAACAUAACUGUUCGGAUCCCAGCACCUGUAGAAACAAGGAUGGAGGCUUCUAUUGUAAGUGCAAAUCUGGUUACCGCUUAGAUACAACCACUAUGAGUUGCAAGCGUAAAGACUUUGGAUGGGCUACCAUUCUUCUUGGAACAACCAUCGGCUUCUUGUCCAUCCUGCUUGUCGUUAGCUGCGUACAACAGAGAAUGAAGCAUCGGAAGACAGCUGAACUCCGACAAAAAUUCUUCCAACAAAAUGGUGGCGGCAUGUUAAUGCAGAGACUCUCAGGAGGAGGGACAUCAAAUUAUAAUAUAAGAAUCUUUACGGAAGAAGGCAUGAAGGAGGCAACUAAUGGUUAUGAAGAAAGCAGAAUCCUAGGCCAGGGAGGCCAAGGAACUGUCUACAAAGGUAUAUUACCAGACAACUCCAUAGUUGCUAUAAAGAAAGCUCGGCUUGGAGACAACAGCCAAGUUGAGCAGUUCAUCAACGAAGUGCUAGUUCUUUCACAAAUCAACCAUAGGAACGUCGUCAAACUCUUGGGCUGCUGUCUAGAGACUGAAGUUCCAUUGCUAGUCUAUGAGUUCAUUAACAGUGGCACCCUUUCGGAUCACUUGCACGGUUCCUUGUUUGGUCCUUCUCUUACAUGGGAACACCGCCUGAGGAUAGCCGUGGAAAUUGCUGGAACUCUUGCAUACCUUCACUCCUCUGCUUCUAUUCCAAUCGUCCACCGAGAUGUCAAGACUGCUAAUAUUCUCCUGGACAAAAACUUAACUGCAAAGGUAGCUGACUUUGGUGCUUCAAGACUAAUACCGAUGGAUAAAGAGCAGCUCACAACCAUGGUGCAAGGAACUCUAGGCUACUUAGACCCAGAAUACUACAACACUGGGUUGUUGAAUGAAAAGAGUGAUGUUUAUAGCUUUGGGGUAGUCCUCAUGGAACUUCUCUCAGGUCAAAAGGCAUUAUGCUUUGAAAGGCCACAACAGUCAAAACAUCUGGUCAAUUACGUUGCUUCUGCCAUGAAAGAGAACAGGUUGCAUGAGGUUAUUGAUGUGAAAGUGAUGACCGAGGAUAACAAUAGGGAGAUCAAGGAAGUUGCAAGAAUUGCUGUUGAGUGUACAAGACUGAUGGGAGAAGAAAGGCCAAAGAUGAAGGAAGUAGCUGCAGAGCUUGAGGGCUUGAGAGUUGCAAAAGCCAAACAUCAGUGGUCGGAUCAGUACCCUGAGGAGACUGAGCACUUGGUCGGUGUUCAAAUCAUAUCAGCGCAAGGGGAUAGUAGUAGUAUUGGCUAUGAUAGCAUCAAGAAUGUAGCAAGGUUGCACAUUGAGGCUGGCCGCUGA